AUGGCAGCGGCGUCGGGAAUCAGCGAGCGCGGCAUGGCGCCCGCGAUGCGCAGCGGCUCGGACGGCGUGUACCACUUCGUGAUCCCCGUGCGGCCGCUUUCGGGGCAGAUCUCCAUGGAGCACCUCGAGCGCCUCUCCAUGUACAACUCGCUCUACGGCGCGCUGUUUGUCGCAGCAGGGCUUGUGGCUAUUCUCUUGCCUCUCAUCUUUACGCUCACCUUGGGUGUCGCCAUCAAGGCUCUUGCCCUUACCUACUUCAAGUGCUUCUCUCUGCGGCCUUUCUCCCCUGUGCGUGCAGGAUGGGUGCUGCUGGUGGGCGGAGUGGUCACCUUUCUGCACUUCCUCUUCCUCUGUGGUGCACCUGGCACAAUCGCACUGCUCUUCCUCGGCCUCAUUCACUUCGCCAUCGGGUUCGCCCUCGUCGCCGGCACGGGCCUUGCACAAGGCCCAAAUGCUCUCCUGUUUAUCCUCGCCGGCUGGUUCUUAGCUCAGGGCGUGUUCAAGUGCGCACUGGGUGUGUCGCUGCGCAGCAUCUCCUCGUGGCCCAUGGUGCUGCUCUCCGGCAUGAUCGCAAUUGCUCUCGGCUUCGUGGUGUUAGCACAGCCACCGCAGCCAGAGGGGCCAAAGGAGCCAAGUGAGGACUUUGUGCGACUGGCAGGGCUGCUCGUGGGCGUGGACUUCUUUAUCACUGGCGUCAGCAUGCUUAUCAUUGCGCUUCUUUCGACAUGGGCUGUUCAAAUGGUGGAUGAGACAGAAGAACCACUGCUUGUCGGCCCUGUAUCUCCUUCGGGAGGUUCUUCCGUCUAA